AUGGCAUCCUCCUCAACACAGCCCGCCAAGGUGCCCGAGGACAAUGAUCCGCUCGGCGACUCGGCAUCGUCAGCGGCGGAUGACGACGAGGGCUGGAACGACGUCGAAGAGGACGUCGAAGAGGACGGCGACGAUGACGACGGCGAGACCCAGCAGGUGAUCUCGCUGCUCGACGACCGUGUCUUCCCGGACGUCAUGUCCAUGCUCGUGCACUGCCGCGAGAAGCAUGGCUUCGACUUCCUAGGCGUGCGGCAGCACCUGCAGCUUGAUUUCCACGGCUGUGUCAGGCUGGUCAACUUUAUCCGUCAACGGGCGCACGAAGGCCUGCCCGUCAGCGAAGACAUCAGCAGCAGCGACCUCGACCACGAGCAGUACCUCAAGCCCGUGCUGGACGACGACGCCGUCAUCAUCGGCCUCUUCGACCUGCCCGAGCUCACACCGCCCGACGCGCAAGUCGGUGGCGGUGGUGGCGAAAACGAGGCGCUGGUCAACGACCUGCUGAAGCGCAACAGCGAGCUCCAGGAGGAGCUGGCCCGCGUCUCGGCCCAGUACGAAAACUAUCGCGCUACGGUGUCGCAGACGCUCGACGAGCGCUGGGGCGAUGUCGCCGAGCCGGCCGAGUCGAGCAAGGCUGGUGGUGCACCGGAGAAGGAGAAGGCGAAGGGGAUGGGGGGCGAGGGGAAUGGAGAGGUGAAGAAAGAAGAUGAUUCUAAGUCUUACUGGGAGUCGUAUGCUGGAGUUGACAUUCACGAGACUAUGCUCAAGGACGCCGUCCGCACGGAUGCGUACCGCGACUUCAUCUACAACAACAAGCACCUCUUCGCAGGCAAGACUGUCCUGGAUAUCGGCUGCGGCACAGGCAUCCUAAGCAUGUUCUGCGCUCGCGCAGGGGCCUCCAAAGUCCUCGCCGUAGACGCAAGCGCCAUCAUCCACAAAGCGCGGGAGAACAUCUACCACAACAACCUCUCCAGCACCAUAACGUGCCUCUCGGGCCGUAUCGAAGAAGUGACCCUUCCCGUCCCGCAAGUCGACAUCAUCGUGUCGGAGUGGAUGGGCUACGGCCUCCUCUUCGAAGCCAUGCUGCCCUCGGUGCUGUGGGCGCGCGACCGGUACCUCACGCCCCAGGGCCUCAUGGUGCCCUCGCACACCUCGCUCUGGCUCGCGCCCGUCGCCGACCCCGUCUGGGUCGCCGACAACGGGCCCGACUUCUGGGCCGACGUCUACGGCUUCGACAUGCGCGCCAUGAGCGCCGGCAUCUUCGACGACGCGCGCGUGCUGCACUGGCCCACGGACAAGAUUUGUGGUACUGCCGCCGCCGCCUUCAAGAUGCUCGACUUGUAUACCACCACGGCCGCGGACUUGCAGUUCACGGCGCCGUUUUCCGUGACGCUAGAACAAGGCAAGAAUGAGAAGAACAAAGAUCCCGUUGACGGCUUCCUCGUCUGGUUCGACACAUUCUUCUCGCCGCAGGCGCCGGCGGACCGCAUGCAGGGCGUGCCGCUCGCGGCCGAUGCGAAGGCGCUGGAGUGGUGUCUGGGCGCGGACGGGAAGAAGGACCAGGACCGCGUGGCGUUCACGACGGGGCCGUGGGGCACGGAGACGCACUGGAAGCAGGCGCUUCUACUGUUCGGGCUCGAUAAGGAGGACAAGGACAAGGCUGCUAAGAAGGGGGAUAAUGAUGGCAAGGCGGACGCUGAGGACGAGGAAAAGAAGGACGAGGGUGCUGAGGUGGUCGAAAAGAAGGAAGAGCAGGGGCAGCAGGAGAUUCGUGGCGAGAUCACCUUUUCGGCGCCCGAGGGUAAUGCCCGAGCGCUGGAUAUUUGGGCUGUGUGGAACGGACGGUCGCAGACUUGGGCUCUGCGGUAG